AUGACGAGCAUUGCAGCCGAGACUUCUCGUCCUGUUGGAGUGACUGCAGACGUAAUCGACAACCAGCAGAGUGAAGAGCAGCACGCAACUGGAUACAUGGAAGGAUGGGCUCUCGCUUCUUUAACCUUAGCUUUCAUGUCCAUUUGCUUCGCGCUGGCACUUGACAAUACUAUUCUAGCGACCGCGAUACCCCAGAUUACCAGCGACUUCCGAAGUCUUAACGAUAUCGGUUGGUAUGGCUCUUCCUACUUGAUCGCGCAAAUGUCACUUCUGCCGACCUGCGGCCGCUUCCAUGCAUUUUACAACAUCAAGUGGGUAUAUUGCAUUUCGCUAGUCGUCUUCGAACUCGGCUCUGUUGUCUCAGCAGUCGCACCAAAUUCGAUAGCGCUUAUAAUAUGGAGAGCAGUUUCUGGCCUAGGCGCUGCUGGUUUAGUGAGUGGAACAACAACUGUUAUGCCAUAUUGCGUCGCUUUGAAAAAGCAGGCGAUACUGUCGCCUUUUGUCUUUGGUAUAUAUAGUAUUGGAUCUGCCGUAGGGCCACUCGUGGGUGGUUCUAUAACCGACAACAAGGUGCUUACUUGGCGGUUUGUAUUCUGGAUUAAUCUCCCUUUCGGGGCUGUUGGACUGGUUCUGAUUUGGUUCGCCUUAAGGAAACCUCCACCCGCAGUAAAAGGAGGACUACCAUGGAUCCAAAAGAUGCGUCAACUCGAUAUUCCAGGGGCAACUCUACUUCUCGGUGCAACAUCGUGUUUGAACCUGGUUCUACAGUGGGGUGGUAUCGUCUACCCAUGGUCUGACGCAAAUGUGUUCGGCUGCCUGAUCGGAUUCGGUUUACUCUUGAUUGCCUUCUUAUACUUGCAAGUCCGAGGUGGAGAAAGCUCUACUAUUCCUCUUCACAUCUUCUGA